AUGCAUUCGAUUGGGAGACUGGAUGAGGGCAUUGUGCAGCCACAUAAAAGGGGUCAGCAGUAGCCUAAGGGUUAAAGAAAUGUUUUGACAGGGAGGGCUAUCGCUUGAGUCUCCAUAGUGGUCAGGAAAACGUGAGUAAGAAUUCACAGCUGGAGCAGCUGAUAAGAGCACAGAACAGAAAAGACGUUUUGCCGUCUCACCAAAGCUACGCCACCAAGACUGAUCCAUAAUAAUAAUCCCCAGCUGGAGAACAAACAACAUCUGGGCGUGGAGAGAAGGGAGAGGGUGAAGUCUCAGCAGGGUGGACGGCAGAUGGUGACACUGCAGCAGCACUUCUCCAGCAUGGAGGAGACGGUGCGAACGCUAUUACAGAACCAGGACUCACUGGAGGGCCCAAAGGUGGACCCACUGGACCUCAUGAAAGCAUACAAGGACAAACUCCUGGAGGAAAUGUGGAAGCAGCAGGACAGUCUGGAGGGUCCCACAGCCACAGUGGCAGGGAUGCCUCCCUCGCCUGAGGCCGGCGGUGGAUCGGAGGAAAAUACAAAGGACAGCAAUCCCCUGCUAGAACGACUCAGAGCCCUGGAGGCGGAGAACUCGGCUCUGUCCUUGGAAAACGACAACCAGAGGAAGCAGUACGAGCGCUGUCUGGAUGAGGUGGCUAACCAGGUGGUCCAGGCGCUCCUCACUCAGAAGGACUUGAAAGAGGAAUGUGUAAAGCUGCGGACCCGUGUGUUUGACUUGGAGCAGCAAAACCGCAUACUGAGUGUGCUGUUUCAACAACGUGUCAAAAUGUCCACAAUUCCUGUCUCCCAGGAGGUCCAAAGGAAUGGAAAAGCAGGUGUUCCUGCAGGACGGUGGCCCAGCCUGCUGAGUCUAACAUGCCCGCGCAGUAGUGGUAGCGGCAGUAGCAGUGAACUCUCACUAUCAAGUGCUUGUAGUGAGUACUCUAGUGGCUCCCACACUUGGGCAGAGGGACGUGGCUUCUCCAAACAGUGUGCCACAAGCCGGGACAAAAGGAUGAGCACAGGCUCAGUAUCUAGCAAUCAUUCAGCACCCACUGAGCAGACAGACCUGGGAUGGAAGGAGGGCCACAUUAUAAAAGGUCUGAAGCGUCUCCAGAUGUGCAGCUCCAAAGAGGCAUCCUCACUUCCAUCUGUACCACACUGCAAAGACUGUAUGACCUCCAAUGAGGGCAUAUACUCACUUGGUGUCAAGUGUGGUCUACAAGGGACCACAGCCAAGCAAGUAGCCCCUGCAAUUAAACCUUUCAAAACUGGAGCAGGGAUUGCUGCCCUAGACUCUGAUGAUGCAGAGGAUGAUUCAUCUAAAUUACAAAGCAGAGAGUCCAGUGACAACCCAACAAAAGAGCCUCUUUGCUCAGAGAAAAUGGAUGUCACUAGGGAUGAUGACAGCAAUUAUCAAGAAGAAUCUGUAAAACCUGCCGGGAAUACUGGUCUUUUCCCCUCACCUGUCACAGACAACUUCUUAUUUUUGGAGGGCCCCACAGUAAAACCUGGUGUAAGCCCAACAGAUAGCCUUACACAUCUGGAGGAAAAGAACAAAGACUCGCUAGAAAAACACAAGCCUUCAGGCAUGAAGUUAAGUGACAGAAACAAUAACCAGGAAAGGUCUACUGACCGUAAAUCCAGACUUGAUCAUGUCAAAAGACAACAGGGAAGACUUGCAGGGACAAUUGAUGUGAACUCAUCCAUUCAACAUACUGCAACAAGAGCUCUGAGCUGCGUGAGUGAAGCCAGACAGCGAAGCUCUUCAAUGGAGGUUCCUCAUUGCAGAGACCAGGCAAGUCAAGCUGGCAGCGAAAGCCGGAACCACACCAUGUCAGACUCUCCUCAGAGGAAACCAAAACCUCAGCCUUGUGACUCAGCAAGGAAGGCUUUCAUCCUGCGGAGCAAGAGUGCAGAUGGAGGACCAGAGCAAACUAAGCAUAUACACUCUCCGUUACACCAAAAGCUUAUUAAAGGUCACAGGUCCAAAGGACAAUCCAACCCUCCAGGGCACAGUACUCCUAGCAAAAGGACACAUCUCAGUAAAACACAUGGUUCAAGCAAGGUAGCGUUGUCUAAAGGUGACAAAGAUGAGGAUACUGCAGUGACAACAGGUUCCAAGUCUCUCGAGAGUGUACAACAGCGCUCUCCUCUUGCCUCCCCUGUGAAACAUUCAAAGGCAUUUAAGCCUCCAGCGGUCAGUGAAUGCUCAAAGAGCCCGACAAAAUCACCUCUGCAAAUCACCAGACUUCAAUCCAGCAAGGAGUCUGUGGAAGAGAGCAUUUAUGACAACUUACCCUGCUCUCCACGAAAACAACGACGCCAAGAACAGCACUGUGAUGUUUCCUCUUCAGAACUUAGGUCCCCAUCCCCCCCACCACCCCCAGGUCGAACAACUUCUCUUAUCCUUAGCUCUUUACCCAAAGCUCAAAAAUCCGCAGGUCAGCCUCAAAGCUCUACUACUGGAAAGACAACAUCUAGCACCACCAAGCCACAAUCAAAUCAGCCUUCUUCUGUUUUGCAGCCUCAACAGUCCAACACAGCUAAAGACAAUCAACACACAGCCCCACAAAUUGAUCCUGAAGGUAUUAAGCCAAUGAAAAAUGUCCCUGCCAAAGUCUACCAUACCCACUCAUCCAAGAUACCACCAUUCCCAGUUCUAGAAUCAUACGAUUCUGAGUCAGUCCAGUUAUCCAUGGACAGAACCGUCACAUGCCAUGAUGGAAGUGGUGCUCCCUCUAUUUUGCCAAGUCAGAGCAUCUUACAAAGAACUCAGCAGAGCAUUAGUGAGCCAAAACUUUCAGAAGUCUUGCCUCAGGCAUAUUCUAAUGUUUACUACCACGGGAUUGCUAAUAAUCCACAAAGUUCAACCUCAAGAGCUGCAAAAAUGGCUCUCCCUGUAAAUGCUAAAUCUAAUGAGGCAAUUGCUGGACAGGAAACCAGUACCUUCCUAGUUUUUGGAAGACAAAGCAAAGAUGAUACAAACCCUGCCACAAAAGGGCUCCAGACCUUUCAGACUUUCACAUGUGAUCCCCAGAUGAGACAUGAAUGUGCCCGCAGAAAGAUUGAGACCCGCUGUAACUCGCUGGACUCUGAGCCGUCAGUUCAGCCUGUUGCAUCAGACAGCGGUGUGAUGUUAGAUUGGGGAUUUGAUGAGGAAGGUUGGCUGUUUAAACGGUCUGUGUCUGUGUCAACCAGACCUCCCCUUAAGCCAGUAAUGGGCAUGAAUGGGGCCAAGGCUCGAAGCCAGAGCUUUGGUGCACGCUACAUGGACAGGCCAACCUUCAACAGAUCUGGAAAGGUCCGCACACAGAUCAAAACACACUCAGGGAGCUCCUUGAACUCUCUCGGUGAUAUCCUUCCAGGAAGUAUGAGUUGCUCCAGUAGCUAUCAUUGUCCAAUGAAUCGAUCACUUUUGAACAACUUCUUGAUUGAAGAGGGCCUGACAGUUCCCCCACAUCUGGGGUCCUCCAGUGAAAGACUUCAAAGUCUUAAACACCAACGAGAGCAGGCUAGGCGCCUUCAGAUUGAACAACAAUUUUCAAGCGCCUUUGGUGAGCCCGUUUCUGAAGAACCAGAAAGACAAAGUACUAUAACCACAAUUGAAGAGAAAGUGAUGCUCGGCAUUGAGGAGAACUUGCACAAGUCUCACGAACAGGAGAGAGGCAGUGAAGUGAAGCAAAAAUCUGGCUCAACUUUGGCAAAUUGGUUUGGUUUUCGUAAGAGUAAGCUUCCUGCUCCAAGCGGCAAAAAGACUGAUCCACCGAAAGCAAAAGAAGACAAAAGGGAGCAAAAGAUUACAUCACUUCUGGGAGGAAAGCAAACGAAGUCUGACAAAAAGAGAGACAGAAGAAAAAGUGAUGGAAAAGACUGCUCUGUGGGGAGAAGAGAGUCUCAUGAUGCAGUGCGGGCAUGCAUCUCAAUGCCCUGCCCAGGAAUAUCCCUGAAUGAGAUACAAAGACACACUGACAUCACUGGGGACCCAAAGAUGCAGAUGAUGAACCGGAGAGCUGAUGGUGAAAAUGGAUCUGCAGUGAAGAGCCCCAACCAGGAUGCAGUAAUAGGCUCCGGCUGCAAGAUGCGAACGUUGGACAGUGGAAUUGGGACCAUCCCCCUUCCUGAAUCCUGUUCCUUCUUCUCCUCCAUCCUGCACCUCCUCCCCAAAUCCUCAUCAACCCCAGAACAGUCCCUCAGUCCUCCCAGUAUCCCCGGGUCCUCCAGCGAGGAGGUGUCUCCUUCCCCAUUACCCCGAUGGAGAAUACCCUCCGGCUUUAAGGACAGCAGCCAUGCAGGGGUGCCGAACUCCCUGUCCGACUCAUCCAUGACCCAUAUCCAGUCAGUGCCUUUCCCCACUGUGGCCUUCCUCCAGCCCAUCCAACCCCAGUCUGAACCCAUUGUGACCUCUGCCAGUGUGUGUGAUACCCAGAGCAGGCUACCCAGAGCAACACAAGGUGGAAUGGAACCAAAGAAGUUGACCUACAUCAAAACAAAAACAAGAGCCGCCCAGAGCCAACAGAAAGAGCAGACGAGACUUCAGCUCGCAAACUAGUUUAUAAGCUGAAUGAGUCGACCUGAAGCGGGGAAUCAAGCAAUCAGCUGGCAUUAUCACUCAAACACCUGGAGGAUCAAAUCUACCCAAAUCCUACAGUUUGGACACUGCGUCUGUUUAUCAGGAUGAAACGCUCAGAACUGGACAACAAGUGAGCUUGGCAUUGUAGGCUUCCACCUGUGCUCGGUGUACUGUUGAGAUACUGAGUAUAGCUUUUCAGGUGUUGUAAUGAACCUUCUGGCAGCCAUUUUGGAGGUCUGCAGCUCUUUGGCGUCAGCGGUGAGCAGCUGGUUAAAUUUCUAAAUGUGAGUCAACAGAAUUAACAUUUUAACAAAAUAAUACAUGAUUUUGCCUUUGUCUGAUAUCACUCCCUCAUUCACUCAUUUACUACUCCCUAUAUAAUAGACAUGAAAUAGUUUACUCUAUAGUGAGCAGCAAAUAGAGGCUGGAGCAUUGCAUUGUGGGAUUGUUAGCAGAGAGUAUCGUACAUGUCAUGGAUGCCACUUUUUUUGUUCCAUCAUGGAAUUUUUUAGGGCGCUAUAUUGUGGAUUAUUGUGGAUAUUAUUACACAGACCAUGGAUGUAUGAAGAGAACUGGAUAUGACGCCGCCACUCAGCCUUGCUGCCAGUUUUGCCCAGUGGUCACUCGCGGUAUUGCAGCAAAAAAAAAUCCCCUGCAGCCCAAAAAGCAUUUUCCCCAUAGACCACCAUUAUAAAAGAGAUAUCUAUAAAACUGCUUACAGGACACCUCUAAUUGCAAAUAAGGUAAAUUAUGACUCUUUCUGUCAUAAAAUUUUGAUCCAUGAAGGUUUUAUAUUUGUAAAACUUUCCUCGAGCCUAGAAAAGUGAUUUUAAAAUCUGUGACAUCAUCCCAGUGUAAAGCCAAUGGGCCGAGUGGGAACUCGUGGGUGGGGCCAGCAGGCGAAACACUACUGCGCAUAUUCAACAGUCCGCACACCCCGAAGUAAACCUGGAAGCUAUAAAUUUUUUUGGCUCAUGCGCCAGGUGAGCAAUUCUCAUUGAAAAGGCGCCAUCUUUGAGUCCGCUAUCCAGUUCUUAUAAUACAUCCAUGAUUCAGACACACAAAUAAAAUGGUGCAUGGUAAAUGUAGUGCAUUAUAUAGUUAAGAGAGGGAUUUCGGACACACAGCCUUUGUGUUUUGGUAAUGUCAGGUUAGCUACUGUAGCACUAUAGCUACCUGGAAUCAUCAAGGUGUUCACACAGAAAGGGAAACUAAUUUUUGCAUAUACUGUGUUUUUGCACAAUAUAAUUGCUGGACCAUUUUUUAAAAUUCACCCCCAAACAGCCACUUUCCUGACUGUAUAAAUGUUAGCUGUAAUUUAGCUAGCAACACAUGCACUAACUGUGUGUGUUUGUGUUCAGCUCAGCCUCUGACUGAACUAAGAACUCACCAAAAACUCUCUUAUUUUCCUCCAUUUUCCUCUUGUCUCUUUACAUUUAUGAAGAUGAUUCAUAAAGCCUGGGACACCUAAAAGUUUUGAACAUUGACGUGACUUUGCGUCUAAUCACGUAUUUCAAUCAAUGCGUUCUGUCUGAACACACACUGUCUUAUAAACACAUCUGAGUUGCACACAAGCUAACGCAUGUGGGCUCAGGUUCACCUAAAAUUAGCGGCCAGUAGCUACAUUUUAACCAUACUUGCUAACUAGCCAAGCUAACGGCUGUCAAGCUACAACUAGCAAUGAAUGUGGAGAACAGAGCAGAGCUAAAGACGAGACAGUUUCCAGCAGGGCUGCCAAGUCUCACACAUUGACCGUGAGACUUUUCACAUGCUCUCACACCAUACAUCUUUUUUCUCAUGCAGUGAAAAACAAAUUCAUAACUGAUAACGCUGCAGCGUGAAAGGAGGACACUGACAGCGCACAGACAGACAAGACAGAGCAGCACAGCACAACAGCAGCACCGUGCAGCAGCAAGUUAUUCAGACCAGAAAUAUACACAAAUCUAUUAUAUUGUAACGUUUUCCCAUGCAUGCUGCUCAUAGUAAUCUCAGUCAAUGGCUCUUUUGGCAACAUCUCAGUGCCUCUCCCUCUCUCUCACACCAUGCACACGCAGACAGGAGACAGCAUGAGUUACUAUGGUUACAGGCAUGCUCUGUGUCUCUGUUGCUCUGAAACUUUCUUGUGAUUCCAGAUAAUAGGUUUUUAGGGUAGUUGUGAGGCCAUUUCAUUCAUCCAAAUUGUUUGUACUUUGUUGCAAUUGUUGAACUUUGAAGAUGGCCUUGUGAGUAUUGAGAAUAGCAUCCUUGAGGUUUAACAAUCCAAAUCAUAUUGUGAUGUGUUGUAAGGCUAUUUCAUUUAUGUAAAUUGUUUGUCUUUGAUUGACCUUGAAGAUGGCCCAGUUGCCUGCAACUUAUUACCAUUGCUUGUCUUGGCAAGAAUUUUUUAAGAUAGUUUUUUCUCUUUACAAAUAUGAAGUCUAUGAUUGGAAAAAUAUCUUAUUAUGACAAAUUUUUCCUCCAAGUAGGAUAAGUAAACACUAUAUGUGCAUCGCUUUAAGAAACACUCUCCUUUUAUCUCUGUUUUGGUCUCCACCGACUCCUAAGAAAGUUUUAGGUCUUAAGCUUGCUAGAUGUUCAACUACAUGAAUCAGCCACUCGGUAACUUUGUCUGUCAUUUGGUGUUUGCAGUUAGCGUACAGCUGGUUUAUUUUAGUGCUUUGGCUUUAUGACCAAAACAAUGAGCUAAAAGAUGCUAAAAAUCUCCAAAGACACCUGAUUUGGGUGUUAAAUAUCUGUGAUAUCUGCGUUACUGCUCCUUUCACAUUACAGUCAUUUGAUUCCAUUUUAAUAUCCAAAAUAUUUUAAAGGCUUACAUUUUUUUUAACCACAACCUGUUCUCCAGCAGACCUCCAUGAUGGCACCAGCUGUGAUUACUAUUAGACAUUAAUGAGGCAAAUGUAAAACGUCCACCAAAACCCUGCAGAACAAUGGUUAAGUAGCUCAUUCAUUUACAUUUUCCAGCCAAUGUAUGAACAUUUAUAACAUGUUUAUGUGAAGAUCUACUGUAAUUCUGCAUUGGAGUGGAUGCAAAUCUAAACUAUGUCAGUAAUAUAUAUUUUUUGAGCAGAUGGAACCUGAUAAUCUCAAGAUUACAAACUAUGACUUCCAUCCUGAAUAUAUAUCUUGUAUAUGUACAGCACUAACUACUGAUUGCCGUUCAUGAGCUCUACACACCUGACUGAGUAAUGUGAUUCUUUAAACUUUUUUAUUGUCACAAUGUUAAUAUCAACUUGCAUGCAAACACCCUUGGGCUUAUUCUAUCCAGAGAAAUGAAUAUAAAUCUGAUAUUCAUCAUAUGAAGGGUUUCAUUUACAAGAAGUGAAAAAUACUGAUGUGUGAAACUUGCCAUGACAUAUUUCACAUAAUCUGUCGCCACUUUGCAAGCAAAGGUCUUGAAAAAAAAAGAAUCCCUCGUGAGUCUGACUUUCACGCUUGCAAUUAUUUUAAAACAGGUGUCACAUUUUAAAAGCAGUGUCAUCUUGUAAUGAAACUCUUCAUAUGUGAACUGCAUUCUGUAUUCUCUUUUUUUUUUUUUUUUAUGUUUUUUCCACAGUUAUGACAUCAAGACAAACCAGUGAGUUUUGCAUGUAACUUUAGUUAUAAAGCACCUAGUAGACACAUAGUUGACAUUGUUGUGCUAGCUCAGGGAAAAAAAAAAAUUAUUGUCUCUGAUAGAUGCUGUGGAUUUAAAGAGUAAACCUCAACGUUACUAUGUGCAAUUGUUUCAUUGCAACCAGUGAACACACCAGAUUUCACUGUAAUGGUUUAAAGAUAUUACCUGAACUCAAUAUUUUCCUCUUGUCAUUUUUUUUGUCUGUACAUUUAACUGUAAUAUAUCGCAUCAUGGUUGCUCAGUUUCUCUCUCUAUUAUGUAUGCUGUGUCCUUUCUAGUAACGUUUUUGGUGUUAUGAACGCAUCCCGACAUAUUUUCACACUUUUUAGCUGCGAUGUUUCCCCCUCACGCCCUUGUCAACGCGCCCUGCCUUUCAUGUGUAGAUAUUUGCCAAAAUGCAUAUUGCCAAACACUGCUCUGAGCUAAACACAUAUACAGAAAAUGAAUGCAACCGAAUCUACAUAUCAGACUUGUCAUGGUGACUAUAGCCAUAUUCUUUUCAAACACCAGAGACAGUUUACAGUUUCACGUGAUGUAGCAUUAGUCAUGUCAUCUUAUUUACCUCUUCUUUAAAUCUUUGCUCACUCGCUACCGUACAUGUAUAUGUUGAAGGUAAUACUUGUAAAAAAUAAAAAAAUAAAAAAAUGCAGUGGUGUUCAUGCCAAUAGCAACACACAGGUCUAAUAAAUGAAAUAUGUAGCGUACAGGUGAGACAAGGGAUCAGGGAACAGAUUGGCUGUACUGAUACGGGUAGAUGGAGCAUGGCGUCUGUGCUUUUAAAAUGGCUCACAUAAUGAAGAGCAUCACUCUCACAAGAGUAUUGUAUUUUUCUAACAUUUACUCUAAUGCCCUGUAUUUGUACUCAGCACUGAUGAGUGUAAUUUACCAUUUAUUGCACAUAUUGUUACUCACUAUUACAGUAAUUCUCCUUCUAAAUGUUUUUUUUUUCAUAACCCAAUAAUAACAGUGAUGUUCUCGUGUGACAGUCACCUUAGCAGUAUUAACUGAGAAUUGUAUAUUACUGAUAUUCUUUGUUUUAUGUAAAAGAAGAAAGAAAAAA